AUUGAAAUUGAAAGUGUGCUUCUCAAGGCAACAUUCUCAGCUUGUACUGGCACCAUACAGGUACAGAUCUUGGCCACUUGAAAUUGCCUUUAUUUUAAUCUUUUCAGUAUUUGUUAACAUGUGCAGCUUAUAAUUAUGUUUAUAUUUUACGAAUCAAAAUGUCACAGAUAGUGAAGAGAUUUUGGGGUUGGUGAGGAGUUACAAUUAAUAAAAUUAAAUGUAUAACUUUUAAAAAAUGCCAUUCAAAGGUUUCCCUAUUCUUGUCCCGUAGUAUUUAUUACAAAAGUCUGAUGGCAUCCUGCACAAGGCGUCCAUUCAGAUGAUGACCUAUGGCACAGGCUCAUGGAUUAAUCCUUUUAAAGAUAAAAGUGGGGCAUACAUUUUUAUGCCUGAUGGACAUGCUGAGGUGAGUAGCACAACAUGAAAUAGUAGAGCAACAUGGAAUAGUAGCGCAACUUGCAAUAGUAGCACAACAUGAAAUAGUAGCACAAUACAGAAUAUUAGCGAAGUGUGUCAAUUCAAUACAAAAAUUUAUUGAGAAUAUAUUCUGUAAUCUUAUCUUCUUUGACCGCUAUGCAGCAGUUAAUUUUGCUUGAAUAAAAUGGUUCCUUGAGUUAUCAUAUUAAAAAAUUAAGUAUGGUGCAUUCUCAAUAUUAAAAAUAAAUGCAACAAAGUAGAAAAGGAAAUCAAAAAGAAUUGUUCCCUAAUUUUUCUGUGAAUCUCCGAUGAGCUAUUAUUCUUAAAUUAUAAUAAUGACUUUUGCCUCCAUAUUCCAGGAUUUGGAGUCCCUGUACCCAAGUAUUAUUGUAUUCAAAGGUCCUAUAAUGUCCUCGGUCACCUCCGAGCUGCCUGGUGUCCAACAUUCCACAACUCUAUACCACACAGCAGGUGAAUCAAGGUUUCAUCUAACUCGGUUGUAAUUUUGUUGAAGUAGCAUCGCCUUUUGUUAUGACUUACUAAAAUAAACAACCAUUUCUAUUUCAUACAUUAAUUGUCACAGAGUAGAACUUAUUAUCCUUUGAAGACUGUGUGACCUUAGUUUUAUUUAUGAUCAGGUCCAAUUGGAGCUGGGGUUCAUAUUGACAACUUGGUUGACUUGACAAACUCAUCAUGGGCAAACAAGGAACUGGUUAUGAGAAUAGAGACUGAUGUGUCCAGUCGGGACACAUCUUUGUGUGUCGAUCUCAAUGGCUAUCAGGUACCGGUACAAAAAAUAAAUAGAUCAAUUUCACUAAUUUAAAUGGUCUAGUUAGGGCUCGUGAAGUUAAAUAUUCUAAAUUGCUUUUUGUUUAUCAAGUCCAUUUGAAAUGGGAUUAUCUCACAGCUGAAACGAUUAUUCUUCCUCAGCUUAAUUUGUUAUAGCAUUUCUAUUAACUAUUAAAUAAAGUUUCAAUUAUAAAUAACAUUCAUUAAAAUAACACUAAUUUUUUUAUGGGGCUUUCUUGAGAAUAUCUUAAAAUAGUAACUCAUUUCUUAUAGAUCAAGUGUUAACUUUUACGUUUUUAUGUAAAAUAUUCUUUUGAGAAUGAGACUGGAAUAUUUUUUUUAUAAUCUUUCAAAUAUGGUAAUUGGUUCUAACCUGGAAAUUAAAAAUUAAAAAUUUUGGUGUUGUCGUAACCACUUAGAAUGUCCUCAUAAUAUUUCUGUUAAGGUGUUCAAAGAUGGUGGAUCAAGAGAAUACGUAGGACCAAUAUUGGUGCUUUCAAAUUUCUUUUUUGACUCUUAUAUAGGAAAUGUUGCCCUUGUAGAUAUUUUCUCCUCUUUCUGAUUUUGUAGAUAUUCAUAGUAUUUUAAGUUUUUUUCUGGAGUCAAAUGAUUGGACCUUAAUAAAAUAAAAGCUUUAUUUAAUGACUUACUUAACCUCAUGGGAUUGUUUUCUCUUUUUUUUUAGAUGCACAGAAAGAAAUGGCGAUCCAAGUUUUUAAUCCAAGGAAACUUUCAUCCAGUAACUUCCAUGGCAUUUAUGGAAGAUGACAAAAAGAAUCGGAUGUCAUUACUCACAGCCCAGCCUCAUGGUGUUGCCUCCCUUAGGCCAGGUAGACAAAUUUAA